AUGUCUGACGCCGCCGUUGUUGAAGCCACCGCCUCCCCAGUUGCGCUGUUGAGAAAAGGCACCAAAAAAGCCGCUGCCAAAGCAAAGAAGCCAUCAGCUGCCCCUACCCACCCUCCAACCCAGCAAAUGGUUGAUGCCGCCAUCAAGACCCUGAAGGAACGUGGAGGUUCAUCAUUGCCCGCCAUCAAGAAAUACUUGGCCAGCACCUACAAAGUAGAUGCCCAAAAAUGGCCCCCUUCAUCAAGAAUUAAAGCUAAACCAGCAAAGACCGCCGCCAAAGCAUCUGCCACUAAACCAAAGGCACCCAAGGCAAAAACUGCAGCUGCUAAGCCCAAAAAGGCCGCAGCAGCAAAGAAGCCAGCUGCUAAGAAAACCGCCGCCAAGAAGUAA